AUGGCGCAGAAUGGGGAUGCAGAGUCGGGAGUACCAGACGAAUGGAUGUAUAUUAUGUUGAUUGGCGAUCCAGCAGUGGGCAAAGCCUCCAUCACUAGGCGGUAUAUCGAUGGCGCACCACCUCCACCAUCUGAUGAUAUGGAAUCCUUUCGUGUAUGUAAUGGAGCGUUCUUUCUCCCACUCGAUUCGUCGCCCAUCCAUCCUAACGGGCAACGCAGGCGCCAACCAUGUAAAAGAGUUAGAGUGAAUUGGGGAGAUCGCAUGCCAGAGAUGGUCCUAAUGAAAUUCUUCUUUAAUGAGGUACCCGGAUCCUACACAUUUCCACGAGACCAUGAAUACUGGAGCGAACAAUUUUCAUCUCCCACCGAGAAACUCAUAGAAUCGCCAGUGGCACCCAUUAGUACAGCAUUAUUCUUCGGGGAGGCGAUGGACGCGGCACGUCAAAUUGGUGCCAUAGAUGCACUCACAGCCAGACGAGCGGACGGGUAUUUGUUAGUCAGGGG